AUGGCUCUUCGCCACUUUGAAAAAACUGUUUUAAGAUGGCGGUCCUGUUCAAUAUUAUCUUGCUAUAACCUGGCAUCUUCUGGGUCGUUAUUAUUUUCUCUGUCUGAAAAAAGGGCCUCUCUUAGGACCUACAGUAAGAUCAGCGCUAGAUCCUAUUUGGAGGAUUCAGUAGAAGGUUCAACAUUAGGAGGAAGACAUUCGGGAAACUUCCAAGUUAAUGAUGGUCAUCAUCCAACAAUAUAUGCGGUAUCUACUGCCCCUGGUAAGGCAGCUGUAGCAAUCGUUAGAGUAUCAGGUACAUUGGCCAAAUAUGUGUUUCAACGAUUAUCGCGAAAAAAUGAACCAGUCCCUAGGGUUGCACAACUGAACAGGCUGUAUAGUGUAUUCUCACAAAAACAACCUGAAUUUGGAAAACAUUUGGGCGAAAGAUCAGAAAAUUUAGGAGUCCUAGAUCAUGCAUUAACGUUAUAUUUUGAAGGGCCGAAUUCAUACACGGGAGAAGAUGUUCUUGAACUGCAUUUACAUGGAGGAACCGCUGUCGUGAGGGCUGUACUAGGUCAAAUAAAACUAUUACAUAGUGCUGAAACUCCUAUUCGGUAUGCGGAGGCGGGUGAGUUUACGAAACGUGCCUUCCACAAUGGUCGCUUGGAUCUUACUGAAGUUGAAGGUAUCAGAGAUAUUAUUGAUGCGGAGACCGAGCGGCAAAGGGAGGUAGCAGUUUUAACAGCUGGGGGCCAAGCUAAAGCAAUUUAUGACCAAUGGCGAGAACGAAUUGUCAAAAAUGCUGCAUUAUUAACUGCUCUGAUUGAUUUUGCAGAUGAUAAUGCUGAGAUUGAGUCUACAUCUCAAGUCAUUCUUGAGGGUGCUCGAUCCGAUAUCAAGGCUCUUUUGCAAGAUAUAACUGCCUAUUUUUCCGAGAUACAAAGAUCUGAAUUAAUAAGGUCUGGUAUAAAAAUGAAUUUCCUAGGGCCUCCGAAUGCAGGAAAGUCUUCACUUCUGAACUUGAUCGUCCAAAGAGAUGCUUCAAUCGUGAGCGAUGUUCCAGGUACAACAAGAGAUAUUCUUGAAGUGGGAAUGAAUGUAGAUGGGUACAAAAUUGUUUUUGGCGAUACAGCGGGGAUUAGAUCAUUAGAGAAUCAAGUAAAUGAUUCUAUGGCACUGAUAGAAGCCGAAGGUAUUAGAAGAGCAAGAAAAAGAUUUCAAGCUAGCGACGUAAUUUUGGCAGUUAUAUCUGUCGAAUCUCAGGGUCAAGAAAGCAUCUCAGAUAUAUUUAAAGAAAUCUCAGAGGUCAAUAAACCCACAGUUCUUGUUGUAAAUAAGAUGGAUCUAGCAAAAGAUGCUGAUAGAGAGUCGAUUGUAACGUUCUUUUCAGAAACUUGUGGAUUACCUAAGAACAAUAUUGUACUUGUGUCAUGCAAAAGUGGAGAAGGGAUCCAAGAUUUAAACGAAAAACUAUCUAACAUUUGUAAGGAUCUUACUUUUACAUCAGACGGAUCGAUACCAUUGGGUGCUUCUCAGCGAGUCCAAGAUCUGCUAGAGUCUGAUGUGAUUGAAGGGCUGAAAAACUUUGAAACAAGUCUCGGAAAUGACGAUGUUGUUCUUGCGUUAGCUGAGCUUCACACUGCUGUUGAGGGUAUCGGUAAGAUAACUGGCAGGGGGGUUGCUGUUGACGAAAUUUUAGGUGUGGUCUUUGGCAAUUUCUGUAUUGGAAAGUAG